AUGCAGGCCGAGACCAACGGAAACACCCAAAAUGAAACGAUCCACAUGUUGCUGGAGUGUCGCGAAGACGAAGUCUUGGGUUUGCGCGAGAUAAUAAUAAAUGGGGUGAAGGGGUUGGAAAUCGGCGUCGAUCUCUUCCUAUCAAUCUACGUGCAAGGGCCUUUGCAGGAGGAAGAUUCGAUCCAAUCGAGGCAGAAGUGGUGGGCGGAUACCACAGCCGACGAAAAGAGCGGGCGCGAACUCACCAGGAGUAGAUCGAGGAGAUGUUUAUACACUAUUGACAAACAGGUCGAAAUGGCAUUCCUCGAUCGACGAGAUGAGGGCGUGCAAAAUUUGUGUUUGCAAUAUGCUUUUGUGGCGCUUGAGGAAUCCGGCAAGGGCGGCGCCGCAGAUCACUCUGUUUGA